CCCCUCACACACACACACACACACACACACACUCCCGUUAUUUGAGGGCGCAGGCGGAGAGAUUCGUCGUUACCUGCCCGGGCUGCUCACCUGAGCUCAGCGGACUCACCUGUCCCGAGUCCAGAGUCCCGACGACCGACGGACACACACACACACACACACUUUCUGCUUCUUUGGGAAAUCCGGAACGAAAGGAAAACAAGGUGUGUUAGACGAGAGGGAAGAAACACGAAGGAAGAAGAAGAAGAAGAAGAAAGGGACCGACACCUGAACGGUUUUUUUUUCCCCCCUUCUCCGCCAACUUUGGAGUUUCCUGCUUUUCCAACUUUUUCAAUUCCGCGUGGCCACAUAACACAAGAAGAAGCUCCUUCUGCCCCCUCGUCGGUGAGAAGAAACAACCCAACCAUGCCGCGGGCUUUCCUGGUGAAGAAGGCGAACGUGUCGCCCGGCAAGCGGAACUGGAGCGAGCUGCCGGACCACGAGCGCGGGGACGUCUACAUCCCAGUCUCCAUCUUCCCUCCGACCGCCCUGUUGAUGGAGGUCGAGGCGAGCCCCGCCGAGUCGACGCCGCUCUGCCUCGCCAAAUACUCCGUGUCCGAUUCCCUGACGCACGCCGAGCUGCCGUCCAGCACGGUGUUGGGCCGACCGCAGAGCCCGGUGGCGCCAGUGCCGCCCGAGGAGAGGUCGGAGGUCAGGAGAAGGUCGCAGGGCGGCUCCACGUUCGUCCGGUCCAAAAUCAAGGUGACGACAGGCGAGUUGCCCCCCGUCCCCCCGGCCUUCGAGCUCUCUCUCCCGCCCAUUCCCGCCACGACGUCGCCAACGCCCCACGCCACAGUGAUGCCAGUCGCUCUGGCGAUGGUCCCUGACCCCCCGGAGGUGGUCCCCAUGGUAACCAGAUCAACGGAUCAAAGUCAGUGUUCAUCGAUGGGGACGACGGGCCUGUACGUGUGCCAGAUUUGCCAGAAGACGUUCCAGUACCAGCGGAUGUUGAACCGACACAUCAAGUGUCACAACGACACCAAGAGGCACCUGUGCACCUUCUGCGGCAAAGGCUUCAACGACACCUUCGACCUCAAGAGGCACGUUCGCACGCACACAGGCGUCCGUCCGUACAAGUGCAACCUGUGCGACAAGGCCUUCACGCAGCGCUGCUCGCUGGAGUCGCACAUGAAGAAGAUCCACAGCGUGGCGCUGAAGUACGCCUACAAGGAGCGACGCAACAAGCUGUACGUGUGCGAGGAGUGCGGCCACACGGCCGGGGCGCAGGACGAGCUGCAGGUCCACCUGCACUCGCUGCACCCGGAUAGUGCCCUGCUGAAGGGGAAGGCUGCGAGGAGAGGGGGGGCGGGAGGAGGAGGGUCGACGCCCGGGUCGACGCCCGGUUCGCCCCAAGGGGGCGACAGCGACGACACCGCUGGGUCGGCCGGACCAUAGAGAGGAUGUAUUAUAGAGGAGGAGGUCUCCACAAUGAGCUCAGGGAUAAAGGAAGUGAUGGAUUAUACUGCAACAGUCAAUAUAAAUGUAUAUAUAUAUAUAUAUACAGUAUGUGUGUAUAUUUAUUAAUGUACGUGUGUGGAUUUGGGAAUCUGUAUACGAUGUUAAGUGAAUUAUAAGUCGGGCUUUGGAGUGUUUCUAUUUUUACAUGGUGGGGAUUGUGACGUGGCGAAGAGGAUUUACAUAUGUGACAAUGUAUAUUUUGUUCUGCCUUUAUAUUGCAUGUAAAUUUUUCUUGUGGGUUGUUUUUCUGUACAGCAAAGAAAUGAGUUUUUUCUAUGAAGCAAAAGUGAAAGCGUCAUAUUAAAGGGAUUAAUAUAUUA